AAAAAAGAAGAAGAAGUUAACAACAAGCGUUAAAUUAAUUAGAGCUUUGAUAUAAAAUAAAAGAAAGAAAUCUCUAGAGGAAUAUAAAUAUGUCACUAGCGGAUGAAUUAUUGGCAGAUUUAGAAGAAAAUGAUGACGGAGAACUCGAAUCAGCUAUCGAAACUAAAACAUCGAACGAGUCUUCUCACGAGUUCGCUGUGCCUUACCCUGUUAUUCCAAAAGAAGAAGAAAUCAGAAACGUUUCAAUCCGGGAAUUGGCAAAAUUGAGAGACUCUGAUCGCCUAAAACGAGUAAUAUCAGAGAUUGAGCAAAAUGUGGGAAACAAUAGAAAGAAAAUAGAUGUAAUGGGCUUGAUGGAAUCUGAUCCAGAGUACCAAUUGAUAGUAGAAGCUAAUAAUAUUGCAGCAGAAGUGGAUGGAGAAAUUGCUAUUAUCCACAGAUUUGUUCGUGAUAAAUACCAGAAGCGGUUUCCGGAACUUGAAUCAUUAAUAGUCACUCCGCUUGAGUAUAUUCGUUCUGUCAAAGAACUUGGAAAUGACUUGGAUCGAGCUAAGAACAAUGAGAUAUUACAAAGUUUUUUAACUCAAGCUACUAUUAUGAUUGUAUCUGUGACUGCAUCAACUACUCAGGGAAAAUUAUUAACUGAUAAUGAACUAGCUGAAAUAUAUGAAGCCUGUGAUAUGGCAGCGGAACUUAACACAUUUAAAUCAAAGAUCUAUGAGUAUGUGGAAAGCAGAAUGACAUUUAUUGCGCCAAAUAUUACUGCUAUUGUUGGGGCCUCAACGGCAGCUAAAAUAUUGGGUAUUGCUGGUGGUCUCUCAAAGUUGUCAAAAAUGCCUGCAUGCAAUGUUCUAACACUUGGACAGCAAAAGAAAACUCUCUCUGGAUUCUCUCAGGCUGCAGCUUUACCCCAUACUGGAUUUAUAUAUUUUUCACAAAUUGUUCAAGAUACACCACCUGAAUUGCGAUUUAAAGCAGCCAAAUUAGUAUCAACAAAACUUACUUUGGCAUCCCGAGUAGAUGCUUGUCAUGAUUCGACUGACGGGCAUAUCGGUCGACAGCUCCGUGAAGAAAUAGAAAAGAAAUUGGACAAGUUGCAGGAACCACCGCCAGUGAAAUUUGUGAAACCACUUCCGAAGCCUAUAGAGCAGAGUCGUAAGAAGCGCGGAGGAAAACGCGUACGGAAAAUGAAGGAGCGAUACGCCAUGACAGAGUUCAGGAAGAAUGCGAACAGGCUCAACUUUGCUGACAUUGAAGAUGAUGCCUACCAGGAGGACCUUGGCUACACUCGUGGUACGAUCGGCAAGUCGAGUACUGGCCGCGUCCGAUUGCCACAAAUAGACGAAAAGACAAAAGUCCGAAUCAGCAAGACCCUUCAAAAGAACUUGCAGAAGCAAAACCAACAGUACGGUGGCGCCACCAGUAUUAGAAGACAAGUUUCUGGCACUGCGUCGUCUGUGGCUUUCACACCAUUGCAGGGUUUGGAAAUAGUAAAUCCUCAAGCAGCCGAAACGAGAGUCAACGAAGCGAAUGCAAAAUAUUUCUCUAAUACGUCAGGAUUUUUAUCCGUCGGAAAGAAGACAACUUGAUAGCGAUAAUUCUUGUAUAAUGAUUUGUAUAAUUUAAAAAUUAUGUUUUAUGUACUGUGAUUGUCGAUAUCUGUAAGUUUAAAUAAAGAAUAGUCAGC